GUUCAAUUAACUGCAAUUUUAUCCUCUAUAAAGAAUCAGGCUGCAAGUUGUUUGUUUACAUUUUAAUUUUUGUAUCUCGUUGCGUUUGUUUGCUUACCUAUUUAUCUCUAUGGAGCUUGAUAGUUGCCUUUACUGUUUAAGAAAUUUUCUGUAAUCAUCAACAUGUUGAAAAAAAAAACUUAUUAACGCAGUGUGUGUAGUAUGAAAAUUUCUAUGAUAGUUAUAUAAUUUAUAGAAUUAGUCAUGAAAUAUAAAAGUGUAAAGAUUCGCAGAAAAGUUAUUUUCAUUACAAAUAUCGUUUCCCUUUCUAUAUUAAGUAAAAGCCUUUUUAUGUGGCAUGAGUGUAAAAAAUAAAUGAGCAAAAAUUUUAAGGGACGUUUUUGUCAACAAUCACUUGUAAGCAAUUUCAAUGGAAUGUAAACCCUUAUUUAUGUAAAAAGAAAUUCCGUUGUGAGUCAUUUGAAUUCUUGCUAUUUUAUUCUUACUGAAAGAAUGAGUGAUGAAAUAUUGACAGAUAACAAUAUUGGCAAUUACUCUAAGGAAAAAGCUUAUUCUUGCAAUUUGUGUGAUAAAAAAUUUUCCUAUAAAAGUAAUCUACAUCGACAUGUCAGCAAUCACUCUAAAGAAAAAGCUUAUUCAUGCAGUGUGUGUGAUAAAAAAUUUGCUCUAAAAAAUUCCUUAACUCGUCAUAUUAGUAUUCACUCUAACGAAAAAGCUUAUUCAUGCACUAUAUGUGAUAAAAAAUUUACAGAGCGAAGUAGUUUGACUCAACAUGUUCGUAUUCAUACAAAAGAGAAGCCUUAUGUGUGUGAUAUAUGCGAUAGAGCAUGCACUUUCAAGGGUGAUUUAAUUUCUCAUUAUCGUAUUCAUACAAAUGAAAAGCCUUAUUCAUGCAGUAUCUGUAAAAAAAGGUUCACUCAAAAAACUAAUUUAAACCAACAUUAUCGCACACAUACUAAUGAGAAACCUUAUUCGUGCAACAUAUGCAAUAAAGGAUUUCCUCGUAAAAAUUAUUUAAAUUCUCAUUACCUUACUCAUUCUAAAGAAAAGUGUUUUUCAUGUAGUUUGUGUGAUAAAACAUUCAAAUAUAAAAGGAGUUUAACAUAUCAUUCUCGAUCACAUACUAAAGAUUAACUUCAUUCAUUUGUGUAUUACAGUAAAACUAACUUGACUAUCUGGAAUGCAUAGGAAUCGGAAAAUUUAGGACACUUUUGUGCCAAAAAUAUGAAACCUUACUGUAUGAGAAAAAAAUGCUCACCUUAAUGAAAACAAAAUAGUAGAAUUCCAAGCGUAACAGAGGGGAAAUCACACAAGUAUUUUAUCCUUAAAAAUGUAUUAAAUAUAUGUGAAAACAAAAAAAAUUGCAAUAAUAUGCUAAUUUAAGGUGCAAUGUUUAAUUUAAUUGCAUAAAAUAAUAAAAGACCCUCAUAAUUUAAUUGCCAAAUAAUUAAAAGUGUCCGUAACAGAGGAGACAAAGAAAAUCCCAUAUUUUUGACAUGCACUGUUAUUUCUGCUAUAUUCUGUGAUUCUUAACAUCCUAAACAUUAUUUGUAAUUUUUUUUUUUUUAAUAUCACAUUGCAAGGUAAAAUAAAUUAUUAUAAGAGUUUUUAAAUUACUUACACAUUUUUAUUAACUUCAAAAAAAUGCCAUGUAACAGAGGGGACAUUUUACAAAUUUGACAAAUAGUUACAGGGAAAUAUCAUGCCAUAUAAUUAAACAUUGCACCUUAAAGUAGCAUAUUAUUGCACAGUUGUUUGUUUUCGCAUAUAUUUAAUACAUUUUUUAUGAAAAAAUGUGUGAUUUCCCCUCUGUUAUGCUUGGAAUUCUACUACUGAUUUCAGUUGGCAUGGAAUUCAACAAUAAUUGUCAUAAUGCUAAUGAUUAUUAUUUUCGAUCCUGGGAAUAAUAUAUCAAGAUAUCCAUAAAAGGAAAUUUCGCAGCACAUGUUCCUAAUAAAUCUUUCAAAGAAGUUGCUGCUUAUAAAAAAAAAUGAAGAGGAAAUAGAAAAAUUAUAAUAGCCCAUAAAAAUUACUUGAGAUUUUUAAAAAAAACUGAGAGGUAGUGUUUUUUCUAACCGCUUUUUAUAAUUGAGUGAAAAUAAAUGGUAUGGGAAUGUUUAUUGAGAAUUGAUUGGUAUUUUGCUAUCUAUUUUCAAACGUUACAGAUUUUUUAAAAAAAACUGAGAGGUAGUGUUUUUUCUAACCGCUUUUUAUAAUUGAGUGAAAAUAAAUGGUGAGGGAAUGUUUAUUGAGAAUUGAUUGGUAUUUUGCUAUCUAUUUUCAAACGUUACAAUUCAUUUUUAGGCGAGAUUAUAUACAGUAGGGAACCGAUUAUCUGGAACGAUCAGGACCAUCGCUGUUCCGGAUAACUGAUUUUUCCGGUUUUCUGAAUCGCUACAAAAAGCCGUUUUUUUAUUCUUAAACCUAACUAAAAAA